AUGGCCCCUGCAGCAGGCAUUGCCAUUACCCACCAAGCGGCGCACUUCUUCCUGAGGCACGACCUUCCUUUCCCGUCCGAAACAAACGCAGCAUCGCCGGUGCGAGGCAAUAACAGCAAAUGGACCAAAACGGGAGGAAGAGGAAGACGAAUAGUGGCAUUGUUGCCGAACCCAAGCUUCGUCUGCUGGGGUACUCACCAUCUUUGCGGCCGCCGAAAGGCAGCAGCCCUCUGUUGUCUCGUUGCCUUUCUUACAAGCGGCUACCCAUCAAGGGCGGCUCUUGCUCUCGGGACAUCAGGAUUGAAAGAAUGGCUGAAGGAACAGAAAAGGAAAGCGUCCAAGUACGUGCUGGCACCCAUUGACGCUUCUAGACAGCGACUGAGGACCGCUUACGAUCUCUUGAAAUCCUCGCCUGACAACAGCAGCAAUGUGGUCGAGGAAACCAAAAGGUUGGUAAAUGUGGCGGCCAGGGAUUGCGUCCCUCAAGAUAGGAAUUCGUUCGUGGCAUUUCAAGCAAGUACCGGUGUUGAGGUUUGCACAUUCCGCUUGAUUGUGAAGAAUGCUUCCUCAUUGCUUGAUGCCAAGGAUCCAGUCAAACUGGAGGCUGAAGCUUUGCUAGGCAGUCUUAUAAGAUCAUUUGUACUUCUUGGCGAUAUUCUUGAUGCCGCUGACCUUGCCUCUGAUAGGGAAAAGGUGGAAGGGACGCUCAUAGAUGCAAUUGCUGCCCUUGACAAUUUUGAACAGGGUAUAAAGAACUGCUUGGAUGUCUGACUGCUGGUUGGCUACAUGUGUUUCUUGUUGUUGUAUGAUCAAGGUGCAAAUAUCUUGCACAUUGUAUAGCAAUAGCAAGCGUUUAGAUUUUUUGUAUAUUAUUCUUUUUUAACCAUAAUGACAGAGAUUACUGUCAUUACUAGUUGUCCAAAUUGAAUCCCAAGUUUUCUUGAUCUGCCGUGUGAACUAUUUCUGGUGGGCCCUCGGAUCAUCAAACCCUGACAUGCCAAAUGGUGGAAGUAUGAGUUUGUAAUUUGUGAGUAAAGCUGCAUGUCGAAUACCAAAUCUGCGAAGGAUGUUCUUACGAUGAUUCCUUCGAGCAUUUCAGAUC